AUGAACACCGAGGCCAAAUCGGCCGAAAUUACAGUAGCCGGCCGAUCGCCAGCUCAUGAAGCUAACGGCGAUCACUUGGCUGAACCCUCCCAACAAGCAGAGCAGACAUCGUUGCUUCGAAGACUCUUUCUUCCUUCGCGCAGGGUCGACGACCCGGACGCGAUCGCGACCAUGCGAAGCGCGUUUGACGACCCGUUACUUGCCAAAUAUUAUCAACCACAUCCCAAAUACGAGAACUUUAGCCGCUUUGAUCCUGCUGCCAGAUGGACCUACCGCGAGGAGACUGCAGUCCGGCGCAAAACCGAUUGGACGAUUCUUCUGUGGAUCUUGGUGAUGUUCUUCGGACUGAAUCUUGAUCGAGGAAAUUUGGCCAACGCUGCCGCAGAUAAUCUCCUUGAUGAUUUGCACAUCACCACCAACGAUUACAACAAUGCGCAGAACAUGUAUCGUGUUGGUUUCCUUAUUGCCGAAAUCCCGUCCCAGAUGAUUGGCAAACGACUGGGCCCCGACCGGUGGAUACCGAUACAGAUCAUUUUGUGGAGCUUGGCGUCUGGUGGUCAAUUCUUCAUGCAAAACCGGGCUGGUUUCUUUGCUUGUCGCUUUUUCAUCGGCCUAUUUAUGGGUGGAUUCAUUCCCGACUCCAUCCUGUAUUUAUCCUAUUUCUAUACCAAGUCAGAGAUGCCGUUUCGCCUAGCAUUGUUCUGGUUCGUCGACUCGAUGUCUGGAGUGAUCGCCUCUUUUAUUGCAUACGGUGUCCUGCACAUGAGAGGCGUUGCAGGCCGGGAAGGAUGGAGAUGGCUUUUUCUCAUCGAGGCACUGAUCAGCAUUGUUAUUGGCUUCUUGAGCUUUCUCUUCCUCGUACCUGGUCCCACACAAACCAAGACAAGGUGGAAUCCAAGGGGGUACUUUUCAGAAAAGGAAGAGAAGAUCAUUGUCAACCGUGUGCUUAGGGAUGAUCCGUCCAAGGGGGAUAUGCAUAACCGCCAAGGCCUGUCCCUAAAAAUGCUUUGGCAGAGUCUGAAAGACUAUGAUCUUUGGCCAAUAUAUGCAAUUGGGUUACUUUUCGAAAUUCCAACGGCGCCACCGAAAGCAUAUCUUACACUCUCGCUGAAGGCAAUCGGGUUUAGUACAUUCCAGACCACUUUACUAUCGAUUCCAGUGACCGUUUUCGCGUCCAUCAACCUCCUCCUUGUCACAGAGCUGACGGAGCGUUUCCAUCAAAUAUCUCUCAUUGGCCUCUUCACUCAGCUAUGGUCUCUUCCUUUGCUCAUCGUUCUUUACACCUCUUCCGGAACUUUAUCUCACUGGGGGUUGUAUGCAGUAACAUUUGUCUUACUCGGCUGGCCCUCGCCACAUGCGGCACACGUUGGGUGGUGUUCACGUUUGAGCAAUACUGUCCGAACCCGGACUGUAAGUGCUGCAUUGUAUAACAUCACAAUUCAACUUUCGGGUAUUGCAUCGUCAAAUAUAUAUCGCACAGAUGACAAAUCCCUCUACCGACGUGGUAAUGGACAGCUCAUCGCCAUCAAUAUUGCUACUAUUGUGAUGUAUGCUCUCGCGAAAGCGUACUACGUGCGCAGGAAUCAAUGGAAGAAGGCUCGCUGGGAAAAGCUCAGCCCUGAGGAAAAGGCUGCUUAUUUGGAGACUACCAACGAUCAAGGAAAUAAACGAUUGGACUUUUUGUUUGACCACUAG